CAAAAAAUACAUAUUGAUGUGAUUCAUCAACAUACGCCGUGAGUUUUAGAAGCGUUUUGAACAAGUUUCAAAUAUCGAUACAUUUCACGUUGCGCAUACAGAUCUUCUACGAUGGCUGUCGAGGAUGUGAUAUCCGUUGAGCUUAUGUUUAUUCUGUGGCGCGAAUCCAUGGAAGCAUCACUAGUAAUAAGCACACUUCUAAGUGUUAUUACACGCACCACCAAAGAUGAGGAGGUAGCCAAACGAAACAAGUUGGUGGUGGUCUUUGGCAGUUCCUUAGGAUUUCUCAUAGCUGCAAUUCUCGGGACUACUUUUAUUUGCGUGUUUUACAUAUAUGCAUCCGACCUGUGGGUGUCAAUGGAGUCACUAUGGGAAGGUAUUUUUUCGUUGAUCGCGUCGAUUAUGCUGACCUUUGCCGGCAUCGGGCUUCUGGGUUCCGAAGGAAAAGUGGAAAGGAUGGCGAAUAAGAUGGCAGUCAAGAUGGAGGAGGCAGCUGGUACUGGUUCGGAGCCGGCGACCGGUCUCUCAUUCGAUUCAGAAGCCACAAGCACCGCAAUGGUGAAGAAAGAGAAAACGAACAAACCAGACCCCGAAAUAGCUGUAGUCGGUGAAGUCGAUAAUUAUGACAGUCUCCCGGUAAUGCGGCCCAGGUCACUUAGACAGUGGUGUGAUUAUCUGAUUCGAUCGCCGUUUCACAAAGAUACACAAGGGUUCUUUUGGAUCCCUUUUGUUACACUAUUGCGAGAAACUGUGGAAGCUUUCGUGUUUGUCGCAGGUGUAGGUUUCAGCGCAAGCGCCAGUGCUGUUCCCCUAUCAGUGGUAAUUGGUGUUAUCCUUGGUAUACUCGUGGGCCUUGUUAUAUUUUUCUCCGGCCAACGAUUUCCUAUGCGCUAUUUCAUUAUGGCUAUGAUGAGCAUUCUUCUUUUCCUCGGUGCCGGAUUAAUGUCAAAGGGUGUUGGCUUGCUUGAAAGUUAUUCAUGGAGUCAAGCGAUCAACAUGGACGCUGACGAUGCCGGCUCUGGGCUGUUUGACCCUCGCACGAAUAUUUGGUACUUUGAUUGUUGUAAUCCUGAGGAUCCUUCUAAUGGGUGGUGGGGACUACUUAAUUCGGUUUGUGGAUGGAACAACAUAGCCACGUACGGAUCCGUAAUCUCUUACUGUGUAUAUUGGGUGGCUUGCUCGAUGAUACUGUUGUUCAUGUUUUAUCGACAAAAGCGCACUAGUAUGAUACCGACGAAGACAGGGGCCACAGACACGACCUCAACAAGUGAACGUAAAUAGACUUUAUGACUAGACCAAAUCUUAGUAAUCAAUAAUCUUUAUCCCGGCGUGUACGUUUGUCUGCUAUGCCAGCUGUUCUUAUAUAUAGCAUAUUUUAGAAACCUGAGCAUCUCACCGUGUUGAGACUUGGAAGAAUUAUUCAACAAUUACCAUGCCGCUUUUGACCAGCGCAUGACAUAUAUAAAGCUAAAGCAGAAUCCA